AUCCAAGUUACCAGGAAUCAUCCUGUCUUCCCCAAUGCUAAUCUGUAUACAGAGCACAGCUUGUCCCUGCCAGCAUUUUGUAAGAGGAGGGAGGAGCCCUUCGUGGGGAUAAAUAGGCAUCACUGUGCACUGGGGAGAUGCCAGGCAAGCGGCAACCCUGAACAUCAGGAAUCAGCGAUCACAGACGCUGGCAGCUGGCUGGUAUCAGCUCUUCAGACUGCAGAACACAGAAGAUGGCCUUCAUUGCAGCUCUGGGGCUCUUGAUGGCUGGGAUCUGCCCUGCUGUCCUCUGCUUCCCAGAUGGCAUAUUGGAAAGGGACACUCUACUCCAUGAAGACCAAGGCAUUGGGACACAACUGGACAGUUUCGCAUUGGCAUCCAUCAACACUGACUUUGCCUUCAGCCUCUACAAGAAGCUGGCUUUGCAGGAUCCAGAUAAAAAUGUUGUCUUCUCUCCACUUAGCAUCUCAGCUGCCUUGGCCAUCCUGUCCCUGGGAGCAAAGGGAGACACCCUGCAAGAGAUUCUAGAAGGUCUCAAGUUCAAUCUCACAGAGACCCCUGAGGCAGACAUCCACAAGGGAUUUGGGCACCUCCUACAGAGUCUCAGUCAGCCAGAGGACCAGGUAAAGAUCAGCACAGGCAGCGCCUUGUUUAUUGAAAAGGGCCUAGAGAUCCUGGCAGAAUUCCAAGAGAAGACAAAGGCUCUGUACCAGGCUGAGGCCUUCAUGGCCAACUUCCAGCAGCCUCCUGAGGCCGAAAAGCUCAUCAAUGACUAUGUGAGCAAUCACACCAAGGGGAUGAUCAAGGAACUGAUGUCAGGUCUGGAUAACACUGUAGUCAUGGUGCUGGUGAAUUACAUCUACUUUAAAGGCAAAUGGAAGACGCCCUUUGACCCCAAUGUCACAUUUGAGUCUGAGUUCUACUUGGAUGAGAAGAGAUCUGUGAAGGUGCCCAUGAUGAAAAUUAAACUGACCACACCCUACUUCCGGGAUGAGGAGCUGAACUGUACUGUGGUAGAGCUGAAGUACGCAGGAAAUGCCAGCGCCCUGUUCAUCCUCCCUGACCAGGGCAAGAUGCAGCAGGUGGAAGCCAGCUUGCAACCAGAGACCCUGAAGAAGUGGAAGGACUCUCUGACAUCCAGGCAGAAGAUUGAGCUCUACCUGCCCAAGUUCUCAGUCUCCACUGACUAUGAACUGGAUGACAUCCUUUCAGAGCUGGGCAUUAAGAAAAUUUUCUCCAAAGAAGCAGACCUAUCUGGGAUCACAGGGGCCAAGAACCUGGAGGUGUCUAGGGUAGUCCACAAGGCUGUGCUGGACGUGGCUGAGACAGGCACAGAAGCAGCUGCUGCCACAGGGGUCAUUCUUCCUAUUCGUAAAAGAUUAGAAGAAAUCACUGUGAAAUUUGACAGGCCAUUCUUGAUGCUUAUCUCUCACACAGGUGUUCAGACCACCCUCUUUGUGGCCAAAGUCACAAACCCUAAGUGAGCCUAAAGCUCCCCAAGUUCUGAUGAUUGUGCCCAGGACCCUGGGGUAGAGUCUGCAUGUGGAUCUCUGUGUCCAUCCUGGCAAUCAUGCUCUGAUUGGCUGUUGCAAAGAUGGCUUAGACAGUGACAAUGACUAUCUCUGUGGCUCCCACAUGCUCAGGAGCCUUUGUACUGUCACUGUCAGUCUCUCAGGCCUCUUGGGAGCAUCUGCACAUGUUCCUGAACCUGGAGUUUGUCUUUGUUCUUCUUCCCUUGAGUCUAGUACCCCGGAGCCCCAGUAGCUAAUUUCUGCCUGCAAGGGAUGGAAGGUAUUCAGCUAUAAAUCCUGGGACCCUAACUCAUGUUUCAGUCCCAACCUCCAACAGCCACCCCAGCAGGAGAGGUGCUUGAUAUUGGUCAAGCCCUCUUACAUGCAAAUAAAGACU